AUGGCGGCUUUGAAAAGUUGGGUAGGGGUGGUAUGGUUGAAGGGAUUGCAGCCUCGUGUUUCUACUUUUGGCUGGCGAUUGGCGUGGAACUGCCUGCCAUCAGAUGACCUUGUAAGGAAGUGGCAGGUGCCAUUGGUUUCUCGAUGUGACUUGUGCAGGAAAGAGCAAGAGUCAGUACAUCACCUGUUUCUUGCGUGCGAAUUCAGUGUAAAGAUAUGGACUGAGCUUCUUAUGCGGUUUGAGGUAAGGUGGGAGGGUUUUCCUUUGAUGGAGGAGCUAUUCUCUUGGUGGAAAAGGAAGGCAAGGACUAUAUUGUUGCAAAAGGCAUGGCUGCCCUUAGCGAUUCUGAUUCCAUAUCAGUUAUGGAAGGAACGAAACAAAAGAAGGUUUGAGAAUAGGGCUGCUUCACAUGGGUCGGUAAUUAGGCAGGUGCUAUCGUCUUUGGCUGAGUUCUAUAUGCUAAUCCCUAUAUAUGUGAGGUCGGUUUCUGAGUUGACCCUAUCAAGAAGUUUGCAUUUGAAGGCACAGCCAUACCAGCAGCAAAGGAUUAUCGAACUGAGUUGGGCUUCCCCUGUCCAGGAGGAGGUAAAACUAAAUAUAGGUGGGUGUUCUCUUGGCAAUCCAGGGCGUACAGGAGCGGGAGGUGUUCUUCGUGAUCAUGAGGGUAAUCCCAUGAGAUGUUUUGCGAGCUAUGCAGGUGUGGGAACAAAUUUCUAUGCUGAAUUUGAAGCUUUCUUUGUAGGAAUCCACCAUGCGAUGUCCUUGCAUGUGGAAAACCUAUAG